AUGAUGCGACAAGACCCCAAUCGAAUCGACCCCAAGCGGCGCAGCGUCGUCGACUACCGCAAGAAGCAGUUUGCCACGCCCCAGUUCAAGGACACGCAGUAUCCCCAUCGCCUCAACUUCUACGCAGAUGCCCCGACGGCAGACAUUACCCUCGAGCAGUUUGAGCAGUGGGCCAUUGACCGACUACGAGUCCUGGCCGAGCUCGAGGCGUGCUCCUUUCGCAACCGGUCGCCCGCAGAGACGGCAUCGCACAUGAAGCCCAUCCUCGACAAAUACCUGCCGCUCGACUCCAACAGCUCCAGCAACGCAAAGCUGCUGUUUUCCCAACGCCAGAAAGACCACUACAGCCACUUCAUCCUGAGGCUAGCCUUUUCGUCCACCGAGGACCUCCGCCGGAGAUUUGCCCGCGUCGAGACGAUGCUGUUCCGAUUGCGAUUCAACAGCGACGAUCUAAAGGAGCGGGCCGCGUUCGUUUCCAGUCUGGACCUCGACUGGUGGGAGCCCGUGACGGACGACGAGAAGAGGCGGUAUGGCGCCGAGCUGGAGGCCAUGGUGAGCGGCAAGAAGACGAGCAGCGAGGACGAGACGUGGUUCAAGGUGGACUGGGAGCGAGUGCCCGAUCUGGUGGAGAGUCGGAGGGUGUUCCUGAAAGCCGGAAAGGCGUAUGUGCCCGGGCGAGAGCAGUCAAGCAUGGUGGUGGCGGAGUUUACAAGCCGGCUUGAAAGACAACUAGAGCUCACAGCACGAGCACUGCCGCGUCUGGACGAAGACGACCGACUAACGCCCAUCCUCAACCACCUCUCCAAAAACUUCAUCACUCCCGACGCGUCCUACAUCUCCGGCUCUACAGCGCCUGCCGGAGCCCAAAUCUCGGCCGCCAACAUCGACAACCUCUCACAGCACUUCCCGGCGUGCAUGUCCAACCUGCACCGGUCGCUGCGUCGCGACGCCCACCUCAAGCACUACGGCCGUCUCCAGUACACGCUCUUCCUCAAGGGCAUCGGCCUGAACCUGGAAGAGUGUCUGGCCUUUUGGCGCGGCGCCUUCCACAAGGUGACGGACGACACGUUCAACAAGGAAUACCGGUACAACAUCCGGCACGCAUACGGCGACGUUGGCGGCGACUCGAAUCGGCGAGGCGGCGGCUACAGCCCGUUUAGCUGUCAGAAGAUUCUCACCGAGCACCCUCCGGGGCCUGGCGAGGCGCACGGGUGCCCGUACCGGCAUUUCAACUUGGAGAACUUGACCUCUUUGGUGCAAGCCAUGGGGGUCACUGAUCGGUCGGUGCUGCAGGGCAUCAAGGAAGACAAGGAUAAUCAAAAGUUUCACAUGGCAUGCAACCGCGUGUUUGACCACUUGCACAAGGCCGAGAUCAAAAAGGCCAAGGAUGAAGGCGUCAUGACGGCCAACCAGCUGGAAACAAUUGUGCAUCCCAACGAGUACUUUAAGCGGAGCUACCUGCUGAAGAAUCUCGGCAAGGAGGCUGAUGUCAAGAUGGAGGGAUAG